AUGGCGGAUCCGCACUCCUUGCCUGCCCUGGCGGAUCUGCUGCACGAUGUGCCGAAGCUGGUGGAGGAGGUCUUGCAGAACGGCCAUCGCGAGCUCCUCACGCGCUUGGAUGCGCGGCUUGGAGACUUCGAGGACUUGCUACGCUUUCGCCUGGCGAGGUCUGAAAUGAGACUCUCAAGCGAGCUCGACUCGGGUGACAUCCCUCAUGUGAUUCGGAUGACUGGAAGCACUGAUAAGCUUCAGCGGCAGCGGUCCAGCGCGCAGUCGAACGAGUCCGACCUAGGCAUGGACCCUUUAGACAGCCACGACCUGGCCCGAUUGACGCAUGCGCGAGUGGCAGAGGCCUACGAGAGCAAGGCUAAAAUCAAGGAGGAGGAGCAGGAGUCGGAUGCCAAGAACCUGACUCGCUGGCAAAGAUGCCAAAGCUGGGCACGGCGAGUUGUGAAUUCGAACUCCUCGAAUGCCUUCUUCGCGUUUGUAGUGUUGUCCAACUCGGUUUACCUGGGUGUGCAGCUGGAAUACCACGCGCAAGUCCGGAAUCCGGCUCAUUACGCGUAUGUGACAUUCUUGACCAUCCACGUGAGUUAUGCCAUUCUCUUCACGGCAGAGGUUUGCUUGCGCUUGGUCGCGGAAGGGGUGGUGAACUAUUUGUGGGCAGCAGAGUGGCACUGGAAUUGGUUAGAUGUGUUCGUCGUGUCAUCGUCGUGGAUUGAGUUGCUGAUUGAUUUGAUGACGCCGGGCACCAGCAGCCGCGGAACCAACAGCAACUUCAGGCUUAUGCGGCUGAUCCGCGUUGGCCGGCUUUUCCGUGUGGUGCGGAUUAUGAAAGUGGUACGCUUGUUUCGCUCACUGCGUACCUUGGUCCAAUCUCUGGUGGGAACCCUCAAAUCGCUGGCAUGGGCCAUGGUAUUGCUGUCGCUGAUCAUGUAUAUCUUUUCUAUCCUCUUCACGGAUGCUGCCCUGGACUUCAUCAUCGAGACAAAGGAGCAGGUGGAACCCAUGACUUCUGAACAGGUGCAACACCUGAGUGAGGUGACUCUCUACUUCGGGUCCUUGUACCGCUCCUUCAUAACAAUGUUCCGAGUAAUUUCAGAUGGACUUACCUGGAAUUCUCCGGGCGAUGCGCUCUACAAGCUUCCGGACAUGGGUCCCUACUUAUGGGUCCAGCUCUUCCACCUGUAUAUUGCAUUCUGCAGUUUUGCUGUGUUAAAUGUAAUGACUGGCGUGUUCUGCAACAGUGCUAUCAAAGCGGCAGAGAGCGAUCACGAAAUGGUCGUCCAAACAUUGGUUCAGACGCGGCAGGAGCUGAGAGAUUUGGUGUCCCACCUCUUCACGAAAAUCGAUUCGCGAGGCGAAGGGCACAUCACUUACACGGAGUUUGAGCAGUUCUUCGAAGAUGAGGCAGUGAAGGCAUUCUUCGAGUCAUUGCAGAUUGGAGCUGUGGAUGCUUGGACGCUCUUUGUUUCUCUCGACAUGGACGGGGAUCAUACGGUCAGCGUGGAGGAGUUCACGGAGCGGUGCAUGCAGCUCCACGGUCCUGCCCGAUCGGCCGACCUGUUUGCCCUGCGGCAAACAACAGUCAAGCUCAGCCAGCAAGUGCAGCAGCUGCAAGAAGCGCAGAAGCAGAACAGUCGGAUUGCAUUACGAACACCCAGCAAGUCUGAGGCGACAGAGAAGGAUUCUGCGCCGUUCAGGGUUUGA